AUGCCACUACGCGACAAUGGUCUGCGACUCGUCCGGGAUGUUGUCAAGCGGGUAACCGCACCCAAGGCCGACGGUGCAUACGCAACCCACUUGGACCGCUCACUGGUGGAUACGACAAUGCAACAACUGAGCAGGGAUGACAUCACGAUGAAGUUCCAAUCCCUCGCAGCCCACAUCUCCCUAGUCCUCUCACUCCUAUUGCUUCCUUUCGGAGCCUCAGCUGCCUUGUACAAGAAUGCGGCCGACCUGCCAGAUGUUUCUUACGACUUCGUCAUUGUAGGAGGUGGUGUGGGCGGUAGCGUGCUCGCGAACCGUCUGACAGAAAACCCAUCAACUAAAGUCCUUGUCCUCGAAGGAGGUCCUUCAAACGAGGAUGCUUUCGAGACCAAAGUCCCAUUCUUUGUCACCAGAAUCCCCGCUCAAUAUACAUGGAACUACACCACCACACCCCAAGUCGGGAUGCACAACGCCGAGGUUCCGUUUGCCAGAGGCUUUGUCCUGGGCGGUAGCAGUUCCAUCAAUGGAAUGUUCUAUACUCGUGGUUCUUCCGACGACUUCGAUCGAUACGCCGAAGUCACCGGCGACUCCGGUUGGUCGUGGAACAAUGUGCAGACAUAUUUUGCACGGAACGAAAAAUGGACACCUCCAGCCGAUGGUCACGACACUACGGGCCAAUAUGAUCCUUCCGUCCAUAGCACCACUGGCAUCAACUCGUACAGUCUCUCUGGUCACCACCAAGCGCUUGAUCCGUUGGUGUUCCAGGCAGGGCAAGAACUUGGCGGUAUCUUCGACUUCAAGCUCGACUACAACGACGGCACGCCUCUCGGAUUGGGUUGGCUCCAAGCUGCUAUCAAUGGCUCGCAUCGCAGCAGUGCAGCAACAUCCUAUCUCGGACCCCAGUUCAUCAGCAGACCGAACCUCCACGUCCUCGUCAACGCUCGCGUUUCUCGCAUCCUCCAAACCGGAUCUGGCUCCACUUUCCAAGGUGUGGAAUACACCCAAGACAUUAACAGCGGCUCGCUGCGCACCGUCACCGCGACAAAGGAAGUUCUCCUCGCUGCAGGCGUGAUCGGCACCCCCCAGAUCCUUCUGAAUUCUGGCAUCGGCGACUCCAGCUACUUGACAUCUGUUGGUAUCCCUCCGCUAGUCAACUUGCCCAGCGUUGGCAGGAACCUGACCGAUCAACCUACAACGGGCUGUCUCUGGAAUGUUAGAUCGGAUGCGGACACCUUCGAUCCCGUAUUCCAAGAGCAGAAUGUGCUCGAUGAUGCUAUGGAUGAGUGGAACACCGAUGGAACGGGACCAUUGGUCGUCACGCCUAUCGGCGAGGUUGUCUUCUUCAGAUUGAAUGAGACUGAGAGGACGAACCUUGGGCUCCCUGCUGGAGUGGAUACCGCCGCUGGUCCCAACACACCACACUUGGAACUCGCGAUCGGGAACGGCUUUGUCUCUCCGGCACCUCCCCCGGGUAGAUGGCUCACCAUCUCUACUAACUUAGUAUCUGCUACAUCGCGCGGCUCGGUCACUCUCGACACAACCGGCGGCUUCAAUGCCUUCCGCGCGCCCCACAUCGACCCCGCAUUCUACACCACUGAUUGGGAUAUCCGGGCUAUGCGUGAAGCAGUCAAAGCAGCCAAGCGCUUCGUCUCUGCGCCGGUCUUUCAAAAUUAUAUCGUCGAACCCUUGGGAUCUCUGGCUACCGCCGACACUGAUGAGGAGAUUGAAGAAUAUGUGAGGAGCAACAGCGGGACAACGGCUCACCCUGUUGGCACGGCCAGCAUGUCUCCCAAAGGCGCGCAAUGGGGCGUGGUAGACCCGGACCUGAAGAUGAAAGGUGGUAUCAAGGGUGUUAGAAUCGUCGAUGCCUCUGUCUUCCCCUACAACCCGAGUAUGCACACAAUGGCGCCGACGUAUGUGAUCGCAGAACGGGGAUCCGACUUGAUAAAGAGCACUUGGAAUUUGUAA